UAUUGGGUUAGUUUCCAACACUACUCUAUUAGCACUUGCCAACACAGAGCGCAUAUGUUGAAAAACGGCAAUUAAUAUCAGCCAUUUUUUUCGUGCAUUUUCGUUGGCUAUAACUAUGAGCAAAACAGAUAAACACCGAGAACAGACGGCCAAAUCUAUUUCAUAACAAUGCUAAUUUAGGACGCGCGUUGAAACACAGCCAAAAGUUAGCUAGAUCGGCGGCGAAAAUGUGUGGAAAUGCGCGUGUGGAAAAGUACGAAUACGAAACGAAAGUGGACAGACAAAAGGGCCCGCUCUGUACGUGAGCAUCGGUGUAAGUGUGUGGACGGCGAGCAACAACAAUUGAUUGAAAAAGGCGCCAGAUUGCUGAGCUCGUGUUAAUUAACAAACGAAUUUCCAAAAACUGGUGCAAAAAACGCCGGUAAUCCAACUCUAAACGUAAGAAGCUGCCUCCCGCGGCUACCACGCCACUGCACACAAUGAUGAACAAUCACUACCACUUGCCGCACGAGCACCCGCCUCCCAAUGUGGCGCAUCAGUUCUUGCAGCAGGCGCCUUCACUUCCGGUAGCUGGUAGCGGCACCACCUCCGGCCCCACCUACGGCUACCUGCCCCAGCCGGCUGGUCAGCAGCCGCAGUGGAUGACCACCACUUACCAAAUCCUGCCCCAGGCGCAGGCGAUCACCGGUGGUGCGAACGGAACCGCAUCGGUGCCCAAGCGUUAUUAUACCACCGCAGCCCAGUCAGCUCAUCCGAACACCAUUCAGAUAACAAACAGCUUCGCCCAACAUAGCAAUCCCGCGAAGCAACAGGCUCCUGUGGCCAGCUCCUCCUCAUCCGGGCCAAGUUCCUUCAAGACCAACAACAUACGUAUCAUAUCGACGGCUCCCAAUGUCUACGGUCUGAGCAAGACGCCCCAGGACCAGCAUCCCAUCUAUGCGCCGGUUCAGUCCUACUAUUUGCCAAAUUCCGCAACUCCAUCAGCGCCACAGCUGAACACGAUAAUGGCCAAGCAGCUGCAGCCGCCGCCACUGGUGCCGGUGAGCACCUCCUCCUCGUCGCCAUCCACCGUCGUCCUGGACCGCAUCAAUAUAUGCAUCAACAAUCAUUACGCCGAGUCCCCCGCCGCCCUUAGUUCGUCGUCGUUAUGUUCGUCGCAGCAGCCUUCGCCCAUCAUACCGGCCAUCCAGCACAAGGCCAUCCUGCCGCUCAUCGACAGCAGCACAGCGGAUAGUAGCAGCUGCAGCAGCAGCUCGGUCUCCAGCAGCAGUUAUGGCGGCGGGACGACCACCUCGGCCGCUGUGGUGAUUGUGGAUGAGCCGGAUUCGACGACCACAACACCGCAGACGCCGCCAACCACUCCGGAGACGAUGAUCUCGCCCGGAAAGUCCUCGCCCUCACCUCCGCCACCCAUGUCCUCGCUGCUGAAGAAGCAAAGCUUCAAGCCCAUCGAAGCAGCGCCACCCACCCCACUAACUCCGCCGUCCCCGCCACCGCCACUGCCCUCUGCUCCGGCCACCGUCACAUACGCUCUGCAGGAAGACGUGUUCAUCAAAUGUAACGACGGCCGGUUCUACCUGGGCACCAUCAUUGAACAGACGACGGAGCAGUAUCUCAUUCGGUUCGAUGACAAGUCGGAGCAGUGGUGCGAGCCCGAAAAGUUGCGCAAGCUGGGCGGCAGCAGCUCCUGUGCUGGGGCUGGGGGCGGCGGAUCCGGGUCAGAGUCCUCGAGCAGUUCCGCCAGCGGACCAAUGUGCGUGGCCUGCAAGCGAUCCGACAUCGAGGAUGUGGUGGAGAUCUGCGAGCGUUGCGGACGAGGUUACCAUCGCGGAUGUACGAUGGAGAUAAUAACAGGCAGCGGUGUCUGGUGCUGCAAGCGCUGUGCCAAGCCGAUGAAGGUGCAGCAGUCGAUUAACCUGGACAGUCUGAAGCCAUCGGGGAUCUGUCGCCAAUUUCCCUACCAUUUGGACAAGCUCAGCUGGGAUGAGAAGCAUCGGGUGAACAUGGAACAGAUCUACUGCUACUGUGGCAAGCCAGGGAAAUUCGAUCACAGCAUGCUGCAGUGCUGCAAGUGCCGGAACUGGUUCCACACCCAGUGCUUGCAGAACUUUAAACAGAAACUUCUGCGCGGCGAUAUGUUCUUCGUUUUCUGCUGCACUGUCUGCAAUGACGGCGUUGAGUUUGUGCGGAGACUGCAGAUAGACUGGGUGGACGUGCUGCACCUUGCCCUUUAUAACUUGAGGAAGCAUCAGCACCAGAAAUACUACCACUUGCUGAAGGACAUCUGGCCCUUCAUCCUGGAACAGCGCCACCAGCUGCCCAUCUGCGACCAGUGGCGCUCCAUGCCGGAAACAGCACUCAUGGAGCGCAUUAAACAGACAUUGAAAGACCAUUCGGACAGGUUUGUCUGCGGCAGGGAAUUUAAGCGGGCCCCGGCUUUCUACGCACUGCGCCACGGUGUUCCGCCACUGACCCCCAAAGUGUUCCUACAGGCCCACGAGAAGCCGACCGAUGAGCUGUUAACAAGUAGGUUCGACCUCGUGCUACUGCCCUUCGAUGAGGGUGAGAAGAAACGAGGUGAUCCUUCGAAGAGGACGCCCAAAGAUGUGUACGAGUUUCACACGGACGAGGAUGAGCAGGUGGAGACCAGCGAGGACGACAUCCCCAUCAAGCAGAUUAUCGAGAAGGCGAAAAAACAAGCAAACAAAAACGAUGAUGAAAUGGAGUUGGUGCUGCCGGAGAAGCCUGAGAAAAUAGAGACGGUUGAACUCGAUCUAGCCGAUGAUAAUGCCAAUGAUGGGGAUCCGGGGAAGCUGCCAGCUCCUAUACAGCCACUUCUGAAUACAAACAGCAGUCGCAAGCGCAAGGCCUUCCGGCUGUCGAAGCGCUACGAUAACAGCCGCAAUCAUUGUGAUCUUUCGUCCGACGAAAACUCGAGCAGCAGCCGUGGCACCAGUUCGCUGGACCUUAUUAUACCGCCGCCAGCCAACUUUCUGGGUCGCAACAAUCCCUUCCUGAUGGCCACACCCAAAAAGUCUGCCCCCAGUCGAAGUGUUGGGGUGGCAGCUGGCGUCGGUGUUAAUGAUAUAAUAAAUAGCAUUUUCAAACUCAAGGGAUCUGCCGGGAGGGAGCAGCCGCGCAUGGUGCGCACAAUAAAGCGAAGACUGAGUGCCAAAGACAUCACCAUUGGACCCAAUCAGGAAGUGCGUCGACGUCGCACUCGCCGCCUAACGACUGCCGUUGAGGUCAUCAGCACCACAACCAUAAAUCCCAUCCCCAGCCACUACCUUCCCAUAUAUGCCAAAGACUUGCAGCCGCCAGCGCCACCGGUUGGCAAACCGACGCAUGGACGUCUGUUGCGACAGCGACCUCAGAAGACCUUGUCGCCGAGCCAAAGUCGACGGAACUCGACCAGCUCCACGGCCACCACCAGCAGUAAUGGCGGUGGAGUAACUGGACAUUCCAUGCUGGACCUGAAACAGUCGGUGAACAAGUACUUUGGCGGCGCCAUGAACCGCAUCGAUGCUGGGGAAUCGUUUGCUAUUCGGGCCAAGCGUCGGAUGGGAAACGGACAGGUUCAGUACCUGGUGGAAUGGGGCGGAGAUGCAGCGGCCUCGGCUAUGAUGGGAAACUAAAACUCUGGCAUACCAAUCAUGUGUAUUAGAAUUAAUAUUUUUCAUUUUCAUUAUCAUUAUUAUUUACACCUGCGUUAUUCUUUGUAAAUGUUUGCUGCCAGCUCUGGCUCUGGCUCUGGGCCAUUUUUUAUUUGUUAAUGUUUAAAAAGUUGAUUACCAAUCCACUGCCAAAAUAGUAAAGCAUAUGUUCAAAAUCCAUUGGUUCUAAAAGAAAGAAACUAAAUACAGGUUAUAAUUGUGCAAUGGCAGUUAAUUGUUGCGGUUAUGAAAUUGUCAAAAUUUCUACAAAAAAAAAAAUUGGUAAAAAAAUAGUAUUACAAGAUAUAAUGUUCGCUGCUGAAAUACUUCGUAUUAAAUAAUGUCUAUGAAUGAAACCGAUUUGAAUAAGUUCAGUAAAUUAGCUAUAUUUUCGUGUAUAUUUUUGAAAAAUAUACUAUCGUGUUCCGGUUAUGGAAACCCACAAACACACACACAAAUUAUGUAAAAUGCAUACAAAAAAUAAUUGAGGUAUAAAAAAAUCACAAAACACACAUUGGAGUCUACAAUUAGUGUAAUUUCGGAUUAUUUCGGAUCAUAGUCUAAUAAAAACUUCAGUUAUAAGCUCAUGCAUUAUAAUUUUAAGUCAAAAAUAAAUACUAAAUUAAAUCAAAAUCUCAAGCUGACUUAUGUAGUGUAGGUUAAUAAUUAAUAAAGAGAAAAAAAAAAGAGUGUUUAAUAAAAGUACAUGUAAUGCCAAAAAAAAAGAAAUUUUUCUGAAGAACGGUCCUGUUAUUUUUUUUCGUCCCAACCGAAGUAGGCCUCCAAUUUGACAUUUCAGUUUAAAGCUUGUGGGUCUGAGCUGUGUGCCAUUUCAUUAGGUACUCGAAUGCCAAAUAGGUUGCAUGCAGCCAACAAAACAGAAAAAAAAUAGGAAAAUUGGUCUAUUGCCAUAAAAUAAAAAAAAAAAAACAUUUCUUUCAUACACUCGGUCUUUGACGGUUUUCUUGUGGAGUGUUGUUUAUUUCGUAGAAAAUUCGAAAAAGUUUAAAAAAAAAUAAACGUGAAAAAACGCUGUGCCGGUUAAUCAGC